UCGGUGCGUCUUUCCGGCCAGAUUUGAUCCACGCUGUCGAAGCUCAUCGAUUAAAAAAGGCUUUUUUGCAACAAGAAUAAGGAGAAACAUACCACCGCCGAAAUGUUCAAAUUGGAAGGGCUUGGACCUAAAAUGGACCCAGAGGAAAUGAAGAAGAAAAUGCGACAAGAUGUCGUUUCAUCGUUACGAAACUUUCUUAUUUACGUGGUUCUGCUCAGAGCCACCCCAUAUGUGUUGAAGAAGCUGGACAGCAUAUGAGAGGUGCCGCUGGUCUUCCAUGGUCCUUCAUCAUCCAUGGAGAGAUUCCUGCAUCAGAGACAGCAAGGACCUCCAUACCUGCCAGCUCAAGCAUCCACAGCAUCACUCUGGGAAAUUACCAGUUUCUCCAUCACGUCACCAGAUAACCUAGCUGUUCUCAGUUUUAGUUUUGUUCUAUUUUGUAAAUUUCAGUCAGCCUUUUUUUCUAUUUAACAGUAUAUAUAAAGUCAUUGUUGAAUGCACAGUUUUAUUUGAUCAUACAUCUAGCAACUGUUAUACAAUAAAAGAAAAAAUGCCUGUUUUUUUCCAUCAAA